AUGUCGUGGUGGCAAGCAGCCCUUGUGGUGGCGCUGCUGACGCCGUGUGCGUGCAGUUCAGAAGCGCCGUCGAAUUUGGUGGUUGUCGGAGGGUUUCCGACAUGUGGCAUAUCCUACAUCUAUGGCAUUCUAGAAUCUCAUCCCAACAUCGUCACCUUUUCAAUUCAGAUAGGUGCGCUGCCCAAUCUGCAGACGGAGUUUGAGGAGUCAGUCUUCGCCCUGGCAAGAGCGCUGCAAGUCCCCACUGGCCGUCCCUUGCAAGAAGUUUGCCACGCGGAGUUCAAAUCUCAAGCACCGACCUUCCGAGAGUGCAAUCGUCUCGUGAACACGAUCAGGGGCUGGUACAACAUGUCCGUGCCUGCGACACUGGUCGUCUCGGACGAGUCCUUCUUUGAGAAGCAGAUGCUUGCAUCCCGCUGGCCGGGCAAAGUCAAGCUGCUCUUGUCGGUGCGAGAUCCCGCGGACUUCCUAUGGACAGCUUACAACUUCUGGGCGCUGCCAGGGGAGCCGAAAGCCAACAACCAGGGUACCAGGACGGUGAUGAAAACUCACGUCCGCAGCCCGGAGCUUUUCGACGAGUUAGUGUUGGCGGACGGCAAGAAAGAGGCCUGGGCACCCCGGGCCAACAAGAUCACCGGGCAGUGGUUCGACCAGAUCAAGAAUGUGAAGGAUGUCUCCGCGAACCUCCUCUUCUUGAAGUCUGAGGAUUUCACGGAGAAUUUGAGCGCGAGCUUCGCGAGGAUGGGUUCAUUCUUUGGAGUGAACGCGUCGCUGUUUUCCUACAAGGUGGCCCAAAGCCGUAGUAUCGGUCUGCAGACCAGAUAUGAAAUUUCCGGGUGGAGGCCCAUGCUGUGCAGCACCAGGCACUUCAUUUACUCAAAGUCGCGGGAUGUUUGCCAAGAGUUGGAUUCCUUCGGGGUUCACUACAGCGCCUGCCUGGGAGAGCAUGACGAAUGCGUGGACCCCGUGCCUGGAUCAUACACGACGCCUAUUCCCAGGCCGUCCUUGGCAUCAUUGCAGGAGCCUGCGCCAUCGAAUCUGGUGGUUGUCGGAGGAUUUCGGACCUGUGGCACAAAACGGAUCUACAGCCUUCUGGAGUCGCAUCCCAACAUUGUCACCUUUUCAAUUCAGAUAGGUGCGCUGCCCAAUCUGCAGACGGAGUUUGAGGAGUCAGUCUUCGCCCUGGCGAAAGCCCUCCAAGUGCCUACGGGUCGUCCCCUGAUCCGGGUCUGCGACGAGUUUGAACUCAAAGUGCCGACCUUCAAAGAGUGCGGUCGCCUGGUGAAGAAGAUCAAGGGCUCGUACAACACGUCCAUGCCGGCGACACUGGUCGUCACAGACCCCUCCUUCUUUGACAAGGGAAUGCUUGCAUCACGCUGGCCGGGCAAAGUCAAGCUGCUCUUGAUGGUGCGCUAG